GAACAAAAUAGCUGGCGGGAAUUGUACUUGCGGUUCAAUUCUGUUUAGCGGCCUUUAGGCUCCUCCAUGUACCUAAGGAAUCGCCUAUCGGAUGCCCGAGUACCCGAAUCAGCUAAGGAAUCGCCCAUUGGAUGCCGCAGUACCCCGAAUCAGCAUAGAAGCUCCAAAGGUCUCUGGCUUAGGUGGCGACAAAGAGAAAGCGCAAGAAGAAGUCGUCGUUGGUAUCGGUGUCCUUGCGGGAAGCACAAUCAUGAUGCUCACCGUUGCAUGGGCAGGAUCAGUCAUUUGUGGAAGAUGCGAUCUCACGGGGCCGAAGGGAGAGGCAGUGGAUAACAAACUCACAAUGGGAUGGUCGUUAACGCAAACGGGAGUGACUACGGACGACGAUACGCGCAUAGGAGCCGGAGUCAUGAUGCUGACGAUCCUGCCUUACAUAGUUGUUCAGAUUCCGUUGAUGGACCAUCAUAAAAAAGAAGGUCCAAUAGCUGCUCUAGCUGGUCUCAUCUUCGCAUGGCUUGGCCUUGUCUUCUACUCCAUCUAUCAGGUUGCAAAUCCCAUUCUCCAGAAGAAGAAAAUUCAGCAAGCAAGGCUUGACUUGGUGCAUCACGAGUUCGUCCGUGACAUCGCUGUAUUUGCGAAGACCUUUGGCGGUCUCCUCCAUCCUGAUGGGAAGUCUAACCUGGAGGCAAUCGAGAAACUGUUUGAGAAAGCAGAUACAGAUGGGAAUGGCAGUCUGAAUGGGAGUGAGGUGAGGGCGCUACUUGUGGGACUGGCACCAGACAUUACUGAUUUCAACGCGGACGAGAGGGCAGGCCAUAUUUUCCAAGCUAUGGACGUCGAUUCCGACAAACACAUCACAAAGGCAGAGUUUAUACCAUCGCUUGCUCAAUUUUUGGAGAAGAAACGGAAGGCGGACCGUGAAAGUGCCCUCCAGCACAUGCAUCGGCCUGAAUUCUGGGCGGCUGAAGCUGAGCGGCAAAGGCUUGUGUAUUCAGAGCUCGUAGAGAUGGUUAAUGAGGAAGAGGAGGAAACAGAAGAGGAAGGGAAGAAGAUGACCCCUGCGCAAGUUUAUUUCUGGGCAGUGUUCUACAUGCUGAUCGGUGCUGGAUUGGCAGCGGUGUUUGCGGACCCCGUCGUUUCGUCUAUCUCAGGGUUCUCGAAGUCGUCAGGAAUUCCGGCCUUCUUUGUGGCAUUUGUUGUCACCCCUCUGGGGUCCAACUCCAGCGAGCUUGUGUCCUCUCUCAUCUUUGCCAUGAAGAAGAAGAAGCGGUGCAUGUCCCUUACUCUCAGCCAGGUGUACGGCGCCAUCAGCAUGAACAACACCCUCUGCCUGGGCAUCUUCUUGACCGUCGUUUACGUACGCGGACUGACGUGGGAGUUCUCCAGCGAGUCGGUCAUCAUCUUGCUUGCAAUCCUUAUCAUGGGCUCGCUGGGCUACUCGCGCCGAACCUUCCAGUUGUGGGUAGUGUUCCCCGUUCUCUUACUCUACCCUUUUACUCUGCUCAUCGUCUAUGUCUGUGAUACCUACCUUGGCUGGAAAUAGUGUCGAACUGACACAGUGACUGUGUGGAAUGGAUAAAUGAAAUCUUCAAAUCUAACUAUUGGUAGUUUUUUUUUUUUUUUUUUUUUUAGUCUAUUGGUAGUUAUCGAUGACUAUGGAAGUGGUAUAAACUCCAUCGAGUAUAUAUAUAAAAUAAAGUAUAUUAGAUGAAAAUCGCAACGCUAUGGAAAUGGUAUGCGCUUCCGUAUUUGCUAUAUAGUACAGACUACAAUAGCAAUGUACUAUACCGUAUGGAGUUAUGAACUUAGUACUAUGAAGUUAUAAUAACAAGCAGUAUAGGCUGUAUAGCAUAGAUGAAAAUAGUAGACAGUAUUAACAGCAGUACAUAUGGCUUUAGUAAAAAUCUAUCGGCCGUUUUUUUGUUGUGAACGUAUGGCAAGUUCGCAACUUGAUUACGUGUCUUUCCGAAGGUAUCGUUUGAUUCAGGAAGCUCAGGAGGGAGGAAGCACAUGGUUGCAGUCAGUCUCAAGUUUGCCCUUCCAUUUGGUGUCAGUGAGGAGUCAGCGUCAAUAUUUCUGAUGAAGCAUCUCCAACUAGGUUUCAGCAUCAAUAUUCAUAGCACCUUGGGUGCCUUGUGUGUAUAUCUGGAGAGAGAGAGAGAGAGAGAGAGAGAGAGAGAGAGAGAGAGAGAGAGAGAGAGAGAGAGAGAGAGAGGUUGUUUUGACAGGGCCGGGGGGGCGGAAGAUAAGAAGAGGAGGUGGAGGUUUCUGUUCUCAAGUUUCAAGUGGUUAUCAUAAGAAAAUAUAUGAUAUUGCAUUUUGCUGACAAGUUGCAGCAUCCUGAAGCAAUUCCUAGGGAAGGUAUGUGUGUAAUUACUUAUUAGUGAUUACUGAUUAUGGAUCGCUUGGAGGUAUCUUCUUCUUCUUCUUCUUCUUCUUCUUCUUCUUCUUCUUCUUCUUCUUUUUUUUUUUUUUUUUUUUUUCGCUUGGAGGUAUCUUGUGCCUGGGUAACGCAACUUUCUAAUUUUGAUGGGGCAGGUGAUGACUCGUACAAUUUGGAGUUGUUGUAAUCGCGGUUGGAACGGGAAUAAGUAGGAUGCAUAUAGGGACAUGGCUUUGCUUGUGAUGUAGAAGUAAGUUUGUCGAUUGUUUGAAGGGAAAAAAAAAAGUGUUCUCCUUCGCGUGUGAUGUAGAUCAUGUACAAGGAGAGCAGAGGCCAUUAGUCGCUGUGUAAACUUAAGGAUUGUGCUGUGUUUUGUUGUUGUCCUUUUCUCCUUGUUUGUGAUGUAGAACCAAGUUUGUCCCUCGCUUAAAACAAACCGCCAUUAAAAAA